AUGUCUGCUGCCGAGGAACACCAUGAGUAUCCCGAGGAUCGCCGCUCGGUUGCAUCUCAACAUAGCGACGAGACUUUGCAGGGCCAGGAAUACGAAGAAGCUCGGCAGGAUAGACCCCGUGUCCGGUUUCGAUCACUCCAAUACAAUGGGGACGACGCACGUACCUUAGUUAAUGAACGAGUAGAAAGUCAAGAUCAUGCUCGUCAACCUUUCCACCAAUCACCCGAAGCAAAAGAGCACCGACAACAAGACCGGCGGCCAUCUGAAGAUGUAGCGGAAGCUGGACGAUUCCAACGCGUCGGCGCUGAUUUAGAAAAGCAACAAAACCAAAAUCCUCCGGGUGAACGCGCGGACAGAGGGACCAACGAAAAUGAUGAAGAUAAAGAGACUGGAAAGUGGAAAAGACUAUUUGGUCUCGGGGCAAAGUUGAAAAAGUUCUGGGACAUUGAAAAAGCGCGGGCGUUGGCUACGAGGCUAGGUCGAGAACCUCAUCAAGGGGACGGACUGACUUCGUCGGUUCAGGAAAAGACCUGGGCAGGUGAUGGCAACGCACCGGUAUCGGAUCUUACGGACGACCAUCAAAAGACAGAAGAGGAUCGGCAAAGAGACCAAGCUCAUGCAACCUCUGAAGCACAUCGAUUAGUUCGUGAAAUGACUCAACGCCAUACCGAACAGAGAACCCGUCCUCGACCUAGACAUGGAUCAGAGGAGCAGCCAACUCCUGCUGGUGGUGAAAAAGAAGAAGCUAUGGCUAGAAUGGGUGGCGGAGGUGUUCUAGGGAACUUGCUCAAGCUAUAUCAACAGCAGCAAGGACAAGACAGUCGUACUGGAAGUACCAGCACGGAUGCUGACUCUGAUGUAUCACGAUCUUCAGGUUGGACGACUCCAACAUCCGGUGUAUCGACACCGAAACGAGAAAAGGUGAAAUGGUACAAAAAGGACAGAAAUCAAUCGACAAGCUCACUAAUCGGUGCUGCAUCGCACUUAUCCGCCGCAGGAGCACCCAAUCACUCGAAUCGCAUGAUGUCAGCCGCGGCCAAGCGGCGUAAACAAGGUGGCAAGCCGAGACUAGAGGACGAGAUUCGAGUAACUGUUCAUAUAGCAGAAAUUAUUGCCAGGCACAGAUUUCUAAUGGGGCUAUGUCGGGCUUUAAUGGCAUACGGUGCGCCAACUCAUCGACUGGAAGAGUACAUGGCUAUGACGGCGCGUGUUCUCGAAGUCGAUGCACAGUUUCUCUAUCUGCCAGGUUGUAUGAUUGUAGCGUUUGAUGAUUCAACGACACGAACAACAGAGUUCAAGUUAGUACGUGUCGCUCAGGCUGUUGAUCUUAGUCGGUUGGCCGACACUCACAGCGUGUACAAGAAUGUGGUACACGACAUGAUUGGAGUGGAGGAAGCGACAAAGCAGUUGGAAGAAAUCAUGAACCGCAAAUCUAGAUUUCCAACUUGGUUUUUGGUGUUCAUGUACGGGUUGGCCAGUGCUACAGUUGGGCCAUUUGCUUUUCAAGCUCGCCCAAUCGACAUGCCCAUAUCGUUCAUAUUGGGUUGUAUGUUGGGCUUCAUGCAGCUUGUCAUGGCGAAAAAGUCGGCACUAUAUUCCAACGUCUUUGAAGUGUGCGCAACGGUUCUUACUUCGUUUCUUGCGCGAGCAUUUGGAAGUAUUCGAUGGGGAAUCAUCGAUGGCAAACAACAGUACCUGUUUUGCUUCUCAGGUAUCGCUCAAUCGGCCAUUGCUCUAAUUUUGCCUGGUUUCCUGGUUCUUUGUAGUAGUUUGGAAUUGCAAUCCCAUCAAAUGAUUGCCGGGUCCAUACGCAUGGUUUAUGCCAUCAUCUACUCACUAUUUCUCGGUUAUGGUAUCACUGUUGGUGUCACAAUCUACGGCUUGUUGGAUGGAAAUGCAAAUUCCAACACGAGUUGUCCGCCAUGGCCAAUCAGCAAUCCUUAUAUUCAGCGCUUCCCCUUUGUCGUUGCAAUGACUAUCUGGAAUGUCAUCAUCAACCAGGGCAAGUUCAAGCAAGCCCCAGUCAUGCUGGUCAUAGCAUUCGUCGGCUAUGUAGUCAAUUACUUUAGCACGAAACGCAUCGGCAGCAAUUCAGAAGUCGCCAACACAUUGGGGGCUUUUGUCAUUGGGGUUUUGGGAAACCUUUACAGCAGACUCUGGCAUGGCCAUGCCGCAACUGCGAUUCUUCCCGCGAUAUUCGUUCUUGUGCCGUCUGGUCUUGCCGCGUCGGGAUCUCUCAUCACUGGAAUUGAAUCCGCCGACCAGAUCAGAAGCAAUGUUACUGCACCGAAGAACGAGAGCAGCACUGGUGGCGGCGGAGGAGGAGCGGGAGCGGGAUCGUCAACCUCGAAUACAUCCGUGUUCAACCUUGGUUUUGGUAUGGUUCAAGUCGCGAUUGGUAUCACAGUUGGACUGUUCAUGGCGGCGUUGGUUGUGUAUCCUUUUGGAAAGAGACGAAGUGGUUUGUUUAGUUUCUAA